GACUUCGCCAAGGUACAAAGCGGUUGCUGAGAAAUUGGCGGAGCUGGGAACGACGCUGAAGCGGGAGGUGUUCCGGCCUGCGAGCCUGGAGCAGUUCUGCGUGACGAGAUGACCCAGUAUCGUAUGACCAAUGAGUGGAACAUGGCGUACGAUAUGAUGUCUGAGGCACAGAAGACCGACUUUUGGGUGCAGCGCUAUACCGAAGACCAAGCCGGCAACUACCUAAAUCCUCUCGACAAGGCGAUCGAAGUCGAUUACAUCAUUGUCAACGAACCCUUGAAGUUAUUCGCUCAGACAUACUUCGCUGUAUCAUGCAAGGAAAUCUACAAGAACCGCAUCAGCGAGAAGGCAGUCGAUGGCUAGUGGGCAUUGAACUCGAGAACAAAGGUCCCUCGCGUGGACACGACCGCAGUCCACACGGCUAUCUGCGCGAUGCCGAAACAAGGCUUUGCCGACCGCCUAUCUCUGCUUGACGUUCC